UGCAGCUUGGAGGGGCGAGGAUGGCUCAGGAGACGAACCAGACCCAGGUGCCCCUGCUGUGCACCACGGGCUGCGGGUUCUAUGGCAGCCCCCGCACCAACGGGAUGUGCUCCGUGUGCUACAAGGAGUUCCUGCAGAGGCAGCAGAGCAGUGACCGGAUAAGCCCCCCAGCUCCCAGUGGUCCCAGCAGCAGCCCCAUGGCUUCUGAAGCAAUUGCAGAGGGAGACUCCACACCUGAGGAUGCAAAAGCCAGUGCUCAGACUCCUGUGACCCAUCAGAUGACAGCCAUGAGCAUAUCCAGAGAGGAAACCAGCACUGAGACAGAGGAGUUCAGCAAGACAGAAGAAGCCUCAUCAGCACCUUCCUCAUCAGGUACCCUGCUUGAGAUAUCCCAGAACACAGCUGAGGGCAAGGCCGCUGCGGAGAAACCCAAACCCAAGAAGAAUCGCUGCUUCACCUGCCGGAAGAAGAUCGGGCUGACUGGCUUCGACUGCCGCUGCGGGAACCUGUUCUGUGCCAUCCACCGGUACUCCGACAUGCACGCCUGCCCCUACGACUACAAGGCAGAGGCUGCCGAGAAGAUCCGCAAGGAAAACCCCAUCGUUAUCGCCGAGAAGAUCCAGAAGUUGUGAAGGGGGUCUGAGCAGCUCGAACUGCAGCCAGCAGGGCGGCCUGGUGCUCCUCCCCUUCCUCCCAGCCUCCCUCCUCCUCCUCUCCUCCUCCUCCCGGCCCCAGCGGUGGUGCGAGGGUGACCCCGGCAGCGCACACGGACCGGCACCGGGACAUGGGGGCUCCUCGCACCUCCUGGGCAGUCAGUCGGUGUUCCUCCUCUCCCUUCCUGCCUGUCCGACAGCCACAGCUCAGCCGAUGUGUUCUCAGCCAGCUUCCCAAAGGAAAAGGGGCCGUCCUGCCCCGCUACUCCAGCGCUGAAGACCUUGGGACUCGCCUCUCUCCGGGCGCUCUGCGUGGUGUGAGCAUCUGGGCUUUCCCUUCCCGGCAGCUCCGAGUCCCGUGAGCCGCCCGGGACUGGUGCCAGAGUCCCUGAGCAGCCUCUGGACUUUGCUCCCUCUGCCCCACCUCCUGCAGUCCCGGGAGCUGGGGGAUCCCGGCAGCCAGGCUGCCGUCUGCUCCCCGGGAGGUGCUUGGGCUCCGAUGCAGCAAAGUUGAUUCCGUGGUUCUGACGCCCCAAAUCCCCCUCCCCACCCUGUGCUGGAGAAGCCCUGAGGGGACUGAGCAGCAGGGCUGGCACAGGGGAGUUAUUUCGUGGCUUGGAGUGACGUGGGCAGGGCAGGACCUUUGGGAAGAGGCUCUGCUCACUGCCUCGUGCCUCUCUCCACAAGGAGGGAGCCAGGGACACCCCUGCUCACAGCCUUCCUGUGCUCGCAAC